AUUGCUCAAAAUUGUCGUGUUCUUCUUCGCUUCGUGUUUUCAGCUUAGUUACUGGAGUCCUUCAUUGUACCUUCUAAACUUAACACAUAUAUGUACAUGUUAUAUUCCCGAGCUGAACCAAAUCAAAGCUGUUUUGAAUGAGACAGUAGUUGGAGCACGAGGACAAACAGAGCUGCCGAAUGAAAGCCUGUCUGUGUCUUUAGGUCCCAAAGGGAUCCCAGAAAAGUUAACUUUCUCUCGAUACCGGUCAUAUUUUUCUUUAUUCUUAAAAAAAACAUAUUGUAUAUCGAUAGAAUGAGAAAGAAGCAGACGGCCAAACAGAGGAAGACGGAGGAGACUACCGCAGUUGUUCAAGAGUUCGUGGUUGAGAAGAUAAUCCGCCGUAGAGUCUUUAACGGGAGAGUAGAGUACUUCCUGAAGUGGAAGGGUUUCACCGAUGCUGAAAACACGUGGGAGCCUGAAGACAACCUGGACUGUCCUGAACUCAUCGAGGAGUUCCUGAGGAACGCUCCGGCUUUCCCAGAGGAGAACGAAGAGGAGCAGAGUGAACAGACGCUGGUUCCUAAAGAAGAAAUGACCGAGCAGGAGACGGAGAUUUUCAGUGAGCUCGCUUCAGCCUCUCAUGGUGACGGCUAUGUCCUGCAGUCAGAUGAUGAACAGUCAGACGCUCCCACCGACCUCAGCAAUUACCUCGAGCCCGAAUGCAUCAUCGGCUCCACAGACAGAAAGGGGGAGCUCAUGUUUCUAGUCAAAUGGAAGAACUCAGAGGAUGUUGCCCUGCUGCCGGCCCGUGAGGCCAGCACCAGAUGUCCCCAGGUUGUCAUCGACUUCUACGAGCAGAAGCUGACGUGGCACUGUGGAGACGAGGAGCAGUGAAAGCACGGAGGAGAGCAGAUCCCCAAAGCCCAAUUCCGCCUCCAUCAAGUGUCCUCUGCUCGCCGAGCAUCAGAGGCGUCAAUUCUCAUCCUUUCAGACUGUGGCGGUUGUGAGAUUGUCCACAGGAAGGGACGCGAAGCGCCUUCAUCCUGGUGAUGUUGCCUUUGAGGACGUUGACGGAGACUGGAGCUAACUUAGGUGCAGAGCUUCACAUCCGAAGGCAAACUAACCUGUCGCAGCUUUCCCUGUAUGUUAUGUAGCAGACUUGAUCACUGUGGAUGUGUUUUUGUUUUGACAAUGUUGUAAUUUUUACCUAUCUUAGAAAGAAAACCUGUAUGUGAGAGGGCUGCUCUACUGUCCUAGUUGUGUUGUGAGCCCUUUCCAGUCUGUACCUGUUAUCGGUGAGGUUUUUAUUUAGAUUUUAGAUUGUUGGUGGUGCAGCGUUUGUGAAAAGAUGACCCAGGAGAAACGUUACAUAAUUUUCACCAGCAAACUACAACAUGUUUAUUUUUUCUUGUAUUAAAAAACAAAAUUGGAUCAAAAACAUGAUUCAGAAUUGUGGGUGUUAGCCCAGAAGGAAGUCAAAUUUAUUUUCACUUUUAAAGACAUGUUUAGAUUUAAAUGCUUUAAAACUGAAUCUUUUCUUUUAGCACUUUAGCUCUGAGACUACAGGGAAUGAACUCAAACUGUAUUUAUGCAGCUCCACUUACUUGAUGCUUUCAUCCUGAUGACACUGUCCUGACGUUGACAUUUCCCACCAACCUUAAACCUUGAACACACCUGCAACUGAACUACUGUUAUUGUUGACCAUGGCUCUGUGAAGUCUGAAUAAAGGAAACCUUUUGUGACUA